UUUAUGGGCGCUAGCGGCUGAGGGCCUGUGUGUUGUAUGGCAUGUGGCACGACCUGGUGGAGGCGCUGAGGCAGGAGGAGCAGCUGAGGCGAGCCAAGGAGGCAACAGAGGCGGCAAGCGAUGCCAAGAGAAACUUCCUUUUUCUGAGGAAUAUGAGGCACAAGAUGCACACCCCCAUAAGAGUGAGCCAG